AAUUGUCAAGUUAAGUUGUCCGAAGUUUGUUUGUUUGUUAUUGCCUAAUGCCUAUUGGAAAUUUUGUUAUCAAUCCAUCCCAUUCCCAUUGGCCAUUGGUCUCUAGUUGCGAGUUGUGAACUUGUGAGUUGUGACGUGACGCUAGUGAGAACCGAAGAGGACGAUUCGGUUUAAUUAAAUAUCUGUUCUCUCUUGGCACUCGGCAAGUAUUAUCUAUCUACCACUCACUAGACCAAGUCACCACUCACCAGUGAGUGACUAGUCACUACAGAGUACAGACAGCAGACACAGGAUCGCACAUUUCAACAUUUUCUUGGACUGGUUUCCUAACAAGCACAGAACAACAUGUCACUUUCUGAGCAAUUUGACAAAGCUGCGAAGGACGUGAACAAUUUGAAGGAGACUCCCCCACAGGAUGAUCUGCUUGAGAUCUACGGUCUGUACAAACAAGCCACAACUGGUGACUGUUGUACUGACCGACCUGGUAUCUUUGACCAGAAGGGCCGCUACAAAUGGGACGCCUGGAGUGGUAAGAAGGGGAUGAGCCAAGACGAAGCAAAAAAAGCUUACAUUGCCAAAGUCGAAGCCCUAGCAGCAUCGAUCGGACUGAAGUAAUCUAUGCAUUUAAAAAGCCAAAGCUUACAAUUUGUUUUCUUCUUUUUAAUUUUAUAUACAGGGUGCUAAGUGCUGUUAAAUUUGCACAACUUAUUAUACUGUUGUUCUAA